UCCUGCUUGGCCGCCUGGGUUUUCUGGAGAGAAGAAGUUGGCGAAGGGAUGUGACUGCGAUGAUGCAGCUGAAGAACGGGGAUGCCGCGUACUACCACAGUGCAGAAUACUGCAGAAAUUACACCUCGCCGCCUGUCAGCUACGGGGACAGCAGCCAUUAUCUUGCCCGGUUGCCAGGUCCAGAGAACAUGCUGAAGCCUCCUCUGAGUCUCUUCAGCCAUCCCCAGCAGCCUUUCCAACACAUGGACUCUCUGCACCAGCUGGGACCCCCGCCAAUGGCGCCUACACAGCCUCUUGGCCCUCCACCCAUCGCCCCUGCUCAGGCAAUUGGACCCCCAACUAUGUCUCCCACGCAGACUCUAGGGCCCCCUCCCAUAACUGCUACUCACACGUUAAGACCUCCCCACAUUACCCCACCACACAGCUUAGGCCCCCCUCCAAUGGCCCCAGCUCAGCCCCUGGGGCCUCCACCAAUGCCACACACCUUGGGGCCCCCACCUGUAGAUCACACACAAGCAAUAGUGCCUCCAAACAUGGACCUCACACAACCACUGGGGCCUCCACCUCUUAACCCUGCACAAGCACUGGUGCCCCCACCUGUAGUGGCGCCCGGAGCCGGCCGAUUCCCCCUCCCUCCCAGCCCCCUGUCAUCCCCUCCCGCUCCUGGCCCAGACCAUUCACAGCUUCCCCCACGGCCCCCAGGACCUGCCCUCAUCCCAGCCCCCGUGUCAGGCCUCAUCCCUGGUCAUCUUCCGGGCCAGGCAGCCCCGGCCAGUGAGCAGCCCCAGGAUGAGGGCUCUCCGCUGGGGACGGAGGAGCAGGAGGACUCUCUGGGGCUGGAGGAACUGUGUAAACCGCUGUACUGUAAACUCUGCAACGUUACCCUCAACUCCGCCCAGCAGGCACAGGCUCACUACCAGGGGAAGAACCACAGUAAAAAAUUGAGAAAUUUCUACGCUGGCAGUCAACAGCCACCAGCCAUUAGGAUCCCAGAAGUCCUGGAUGUGGCUGGCCAGACAGCCCUCAGCUCAGGAUCCAACGACAGUGACGCCGGCAGGCAGGCGCUGUAUAAGGGGGCGACCCGGGUCAUCUUGGCCACAGAGAACGACUAUUGUAAGCUGUGUGACGCCUCCUUCAGUUCACCGGCAGUCGCACAGGCCCACUACCAGGGCAAGAACCACGCCAAGAAACUACGGCUCGCUGAGGCCCAACAGAACUCCAAUAACAUGGAAGGCAGCAAUGACGCAGCCCCAAGAAGAAACAGGAAAGACGGCAGUGAGUACAGACUGGUGAAAAACCGGCGCAGCCCGCAGCUACCUGCCUCCAUGCCAGGGCCAUACUACAACCCCAGACCGAGGCAGCGCAUCCCCAGGGAUUUGGCCAUGUGCGUGACUCCCAGCGGACAGUUCUACUGCUCCAUGUGCAACUGUGGAGCCGAGCAGGAGACGGACUUCAGGCAGCAUCUGGAGAGCAAGCAGCACAAAGCUAAAGUGUCGGAGUUAAGAUACCGCCACGAGAUGGAGAACCUCGGCUACAGCUAAGGGACACAUGAUGAGAGGGGGGGUAAGAGAAUAGAGUGGGACAGAAUAGUUGGUGAGCCAAUAUAAGACCAAAGUGCAGGAGGAAAUACUGCCCUGUGUUUGAAGGGCAUAUUUAGUGAAGGGAUUAGCCCAAAUGGCCUCAAGAUAUUGUUGCAAUUCAUUUGAUAUACGGAUCAAACACUUGACCUAAUCCUCAACCAUAUGAAGCUAUAACCGGAUUUGAAUCUAUUUGAUGUUGGUAUUACUCUUAUUUUGAAAAUCUGUCUUUAGAAACAAACUAGGUUGCAACAUGUGCACAGGAAACAAGGAACCGUGCAUUUGAGAAAACGGUGGAUUUUUGACGUAAAACUUUCAAGAUGUUUUUUUAGGCACUGAAAAGAAAUCACAUCUUUGACCCCCAACCUUUUCUUAGACUGCUCCUCCAGGGCUUUGAGUGGGUUGCAUUCUGACAUGAUACAGGUAAAUACAAAUGAAUUGCAAGUAAACCUUGAGAUUGUUCAGGCUACAGGGAGAGGACUAAUGGUGCGCAGGGAUCCAACGGGACAGGAGACAAGGCACAAGAGAAGAUAAGGUGAUGCAGAGAGAGGCCGCAAAAUGUGGAAAAUAGAGAGACAAACAUAGAGGCAAACACUUAAGGUCAGACCAAGUCUCAUCCUCAAGAAAACAACCAUCAAUGAGGACUUUUAGUAUGAGACUUGUUUUUCAAUUCUUGUGUGUGAAUCAGCCCGACAGGUUUUUUUUUUUUACAGGCCCUGCAGCAGGGACCACUUGGUGACCACAGGGCACAAAAGAGCAAAUUCAACAUCUUUAUAACCACAUACAGGUAAUAAAAUCCAAAGUACUAUUUGCUAAUUGAAAAAAACAAAAAAAACAAACAAACAAAGCACAACAAACAUCAUCUGGCAGAAACAGUGUUACACGAAUCUGUUAGCCUUAGCCAAUCUCUUACCGGUCCUUUUGGUGUGUAUCAGGCUAAAGGCUAAGCCCCGGCUAGCCUUGUUCGUGCCUUUAGUGGGAAUAAGGCUAAAGAGUAAGCUUUGGCUAGCCAUUUGGCAAUAUAGUAGAAACCAAUCUACAGUACUGAUUGGGUUUUUUCUAUAUCCUGUGUCAUCUUUCCUCUUGUAAUAAAUCCACACAAAUCUUAUGUAAAUAUCUUCAAAUUAUUAUACAUUAUAGAUGUAAAUAAGGUAUAAUACACAUGAAUACUGUUGAUUCUUUGGUUAAUGUUAGCCUAGCGUAUAUUGUAAAUACUCAUAAUCUAUUUAAUGAUUAUCAGGAAUCUUGUACAAAGUGUGCACUGACUGAAUGUCGACCUAUCAGCCCUGUAUGUCUCUGUGUGGAUUUAACCGUAGGCCCCUCCAUACCACUCUGGGUGGUGCCUUUGUUCAUCGGUAAAGUAACUCCGGUACCAUCCAUCUGUAUUUAAAAGCUGCUAGUCUCAUCAUUUUCUGACUGUGCAGGAGGAGCCAUGCCAGGGGAGGCUGCUUCUGUAGCUGAACCCUCUUCACGAAGCUGAAUCUAUGUCUUGACAAACAGCCAAACUGGCACAUCGAGGAAGAAAUGCUCAAACAUGUUGGAAACUCACAGUGAUGCGUGCAGCCGAAAGCAUUUAACUCCAAACUCCUAAUUAGUUUGCAAAUUGCAAAUGAAAGUGCGCAGAGCUUAUGGAUGUUUCUGGUUGUAAGACAUAUCAUUUAAUUGUCCCGAUCGAGCUCGAUCCUCAGAGGGGCCGUAACCAGGUUUUACUGCAGUGUGAAACGGCCGCAAAGGAGUGACAUGGAUUUUGUCUGGCUUUGCAGACAGAUCUGUUUUUCUUGUCUUUUUUUUUUUUUUUUUUUUUUUUUUACCCUGGAUGACCCAAGUCCAGCUGUUUUUCAGUGUUUAGCCCGUCCUGAAAAGAUCAGUUAUGUAAUAAUUUGAAUCAAAUUUGAUUUUCUGUCUCUGUUUAUUUGAGUUUCUGUUCCAGGUCAGUGGUGCUGAGCUGAACACAGUGCAGUCACGAGGCAUCUGCAGUUACACAGUACAAACUUUCAAUGAGAAAAAGUGUGUGCUGUGCCUUUAACUCAAUUGCAUUCGAAGAUUAACAAUGAUAGGGUCGGAAAACCAACAUAUUUAUCUUUGUCUUUUCAAUAGUUAUUUAUAGAUUGAAGAUUCUUUAAUGUUUUAAAUAUACAGAAAAAUUAUUUAUGCCUCAAAAAAAAUCAUCUUAUGUAGCGGUUAAAAGUAUUUUACAUCUCAAUUUUCAGAUGCCAACAUGGUUCACCUAUAUAUCUGCAAGAAUAGAGUAGAUCUGUCAGUCCUGUUUCACUUUAAAUUUGCAGAGCAGCAGUGCACCCACACAUGCACGCACUCACACACACACGCACACACACACACACACACACACACACACACACACACACACUCCCACACGAUUCAAUCAGUCAAAGGUCUGAUCAGGUCACAUAAUUAGAUGCGCUAUAAAGUGAAAGGAAAGCAGCGUCCAGGCUUUCUCUGUGGUCGGUUUGUUUAGCUUUGGGGAGAGGCAGCUGUUUACAUCGUACAUUUGUCUCUAAGCACAAACACACACCUGAUCACAUACACGCGGACACUCAGGAGAAUAGCACUGUGAGGACAAAGUACUGUGGUGUUCAGGGAUUUAAAUACGAGGGAGAGGGGCAAAGAGGAGCAUAGAUAAAAUAAAACACAGAAAAUAAAAUGCUUGGCUGUUUUAUUAGCCCACUGUGCUGUAUGGUUUACUCAAAACAGAACAAAGAGGAGCUGAUGAAAGCAGAGCUGUAACUGAAGUUGUGGGUGAGACGCAGCUAGUCGAGCAGAUCUCCCCGUUAAGACUGAGCUGCAGUUUGUUAAAAACACUCCUCCACCUCCUAGAAAUAACAGGCUUUGUCUUACAUGAAAGCGCUGGUAGCAUAACCUUUUAUUAUGUUGACAGGCUCCUGGAUUUAUAACAAGAGUCACACUCCAGUGCUGCUACUGAACACCUUCAGCAAGUGCAUGAAAUAAUAAACUGCAAAGGAAAUGGAGGAAAUGAGGAGAUUGAAGGAAAUGAAUUGGCUCCCACUGACUUGGCCUGAAGAGCAUUUCAGAUACUGUAGACAUCAGUCAGGAAACAGACAGCAGUCAGGUGUUUGGGCCGCGGUGGUUCCUUAAGCGUUUUUGGCUUAUGACCCCUUAAAAUGCAACAAUAUUAACCCCUCAUCACAGGUUAAGGCCUUAGUGUGGACAUGAGUUAUGAGCAGUUGAACCAAAGAGUGAUAUUUUUUGUCAGGUUCAUUUGAAAAAAGCUAGAUUACCAUCUGGGAAAGCUGUGAAACUGCUACUGGGCCCCAGACACUAAAUACCUACAUAAGACAUUUAUGUUUUAGUUGAUGUUGUGUUCACAAGGUGCACGCGAAAAAGUGCAGUGCUGGUUGGUUUGUGGGUCUCUGGACAAAUAAUAAGGCUGACACAUCUGCUGAUUGGACUGUGCCUAAUGGGCACUUGGAGGUGACAGGCUACAUACACAAUUUACAAAGAAAGGGAGAUGGGGGAUCAAUAGGGACCCAACAGAACAUUUUUGCCCUGGGGCCCUCUGACAGGUUAAUUUGGUCCUGUAUUUGAAGAUUGCAGAGGCCCCGAAUCCCAUACACAAAUGUAAUAUAAUGUAUAUGCUACAUAUAAAAUACAAUAAAGAUAUGUAAAAAAUUAUAUAUAAAACGUAUAAAUUCGAAUAAUUUCAUAUAUAUUGACAUAUAUGUCUAGCUAAUAUAAUAUAAUGUAUGCUUAUAUUGUAAACAUAUGUUGAUAUCAUAUAGAGUGGGUUACAAAAGUCUGAGAUAACUUUCCCAGAAUUGGAGGAUAGACAUUGAAAUGAAUAAGAAAAACAUAUAUAAGCAUAUAGAAUUUUUAUAUGUAUGUUUUUUUUAGAUAAACCUGCAUAUGUAAAUUAAAUAUAUAUUGUUAACAUAUAUACUCGCAACAUGUUAUCUAUAUGUACAUAUAGAUAUUUUACUAUGGGUAUUUCAUAUAUGAAAUAAACUUAUAUCCUCAUAUAUCCAGAGGAUGUAUGUAUGUGAUAAUAAUAUAUCCUCUUAUAGGUAACAUAUAUGGCAACAUCACUCUUGAUAUAGAUAUUACAUAUUACAUUUCUGUAUGGGAAGAUUUGAAAUUAUCCAGUAAUUAAAAGGGGAAGAGGGAAGUGUCAAUCUGAUGGUAUUUAAAACAAGAUUAUUGCACUUGAUUAAAGAAAAUCUCAAACCCAGCAGGCUUUAAUUGAAAAGAAAUGAAAAAGCCUGACAUAACAUAGUAAACGCAAUUUGUAAUUAAUGGAGUGAAACAUGUCGAACCACUGCUCCUUUUACACGAGACUAUUUUUGGAUGGAUGUUGUUGCAGUGAAACACCAUUCCUACAUGUGAGGAUCUUCACUGGUUGCACAGAUGUUUAAAACCAGUUGAUCAAGAAUCAAGAAUCAAGAAACCACUGUGGUAAAUAAAGGCAUCUACAUGAACAUAUGGCCAGUAACUGUUAACAGGUUUAAUAUUUUGGCAAUCAGCACUUUUAUUUGCUCUCAAAUUGAAAACUGUGGACUGCAUUAAUCCUCACAAAAGAACUGUUUAGUUAUUGUUUGGUAAUAUGUUGAAGUAGACCCGGGGUACUGCUUCUGUUUGUUUUGUUCUAACUGUGUUUACUUGUAAUGGUUGGUAACUAUAAUAUAAUAAUUAUUGGUUUCACUGUCGUUAACCAAUGCUGGUAUCUGAACGCUGACGUGUUCUGGCACCAUGAGUUAUAAGUUGAACUUCAGUGCUUCGUUGUACGUGACAAACAAGUGUUACAUAUUGCAGCGUAUAAAUUGUAUCUGGUUCAUUUUGUGCAUGUGCUGCUUAAUAACUGCUGAGAUGUUUCUACUAUUGAGAGAAAAUAUAACAGUGAGGAUUCUGCUCAAGACUGUUUUUAUGAGGUUGGAAUGACUGGUUGGUCGGAAUCGUCCGUACGCUCUGCUGAGUCUCCAAAAAGGAUAUUGGGAAGAAUCGCUGAUUUUGCACUGAACAUAAAAAGAAAGAAACUGGUGUUUAUAGAAAAAAUGAUGCUACCAUAUGUCGUGUAGUUCAAGUGAACACUUUGUUACCGUUGUCAUUACUUGCCAUGUUUACAGGGUGAGACGUUGAAGCUGUUCUGUGUGGUUUUAUCCAUGUGUUGCAUUGUUGGACUAAUCAGACCAGGGUAGAUGGGCGACACUGUGAAGUCAAGCAGAAAUAAAAUUGACACUGCAAUGAAAUUAGACACCACGGAUCUGGUUUUGACAAAACAAAGAGAUGAUGGAGGGUGUAAAAUCAUUGCAGUGGGCCUGUAAAGUUAUAAAUGGGCAGAAUUUCAAUGUCGACAUAUGGCUCUAGCUUCAUACUUAGCGCACCGGUAUGAGAGUUAUAUCAACGGCAGCCACAUUGGUUUCUAAUGUCACUCGUUCAUACAACAUAAAGGAUGGGUUAUGCUUGCCUUACAUGAAGGCCCGUGUAUCCUGGUCUGCAGACUGAGUCAGUCUUGUACACUGACAGAAUUCAGGACCCCUAACCCCCCCAACCCCAACCGCCACCACCACCUCCACCUCCACCUCCACCGCCAUCUACUGUCAGGGGCUCCAAACCUCCUAGCAGGGCCCCUGCAGGACAGUAUAUAUACUCCUUUACUCUCUGUGAAAACCUCAGCACACUUUCAGUGCCUCUGAACAACGUUGCCAAUAUACCACUGACUGACUGAAUGGAUGACUGAUAUAUACUGAUUUCUGAGGCUGUGUGAGUGUGUGUGUAUGUGUGUGUGUGUGUGUGUGUGUUUUCUGACAGAUGAAUAAACAUGCAGAUGAUAUAAAUAACCGACGUGAGCCCAUGAUUAUUACAGUAAAUGUGUGUCUCGUGUGUGCUCUCCUCCGCGGCUCAGCUCGUACCGCUCCGGGGGAUAUAACCAUUCUGUUAGCUGAUGCUGUUAUUGGCUCACAGGGAGAAGGCGCUCUCCGUAGCCUAGUUUCCUCUGCACUGAUAACCAGGAUUUACUCAUUAGUCCUGUUAUUACUUCUGCCAAGAAAGCUGUUCUUGUUCCCCUGGUUCCUUUCUUUGUCUGUCAGCAGGAUAUCUCACAAAUCUUCUGAACAGAUUGCCUGAAAUGUGGUGCCCUGGCCUCAGGUUUAAGUUAGUAUUAGUUUUCAGUAAUGGCCCACAAACUUGGAUUUCUGCCACUGGAUUUAAAAAAAUAAAUAAAUAAAUAAUUUGUAUCUGUGGAAUCAGUGCUUGAAUUGAGCCGAUACGCUGCGAUAUGGAGUAGUGGCAUAUUAGAUGUCUGUUAUUACUCAGUGUUUUUAAUGAAUGCGUGCGGCUAUUAUGGGUAUAUAUUGUAUUUAUU